CCGGCUCCUCCUUCCUCCUCCCACCUGUCCUGUCCUGUCCUGUCCGCCGGCCCUGCCCGCCCCCUGCGCGGCGCGAAGGGGCGCCCCGGGCCGGGAGAUGCGGCCCCGAUGGGCGCCGGGCUGCUGGCGCUGUCGCUGCUGUCGCUGCUGCCGCUGCUGCUGCCGCCGAGCCCCGCGGCGCGCACAGGAGAGUUGUAUUGUUCUUUGCCCAACCCUAGGAAUGUCCGUUUUGAAUCUGUAAAUAUGAAGAAUGUCCUUCACUGGUCAGCACCAGAAGGCACAGGUGAUGGAGUACUCUACAAGGUGAAAUAUGCAGUAUACGGUGUUGGCAAAUGGAUUAGAAAGCCAGAAUGCAGGAAUAUAAACAGAACAUGGUGUGACCUCUCCGGUGAGACCUCUGACUACGAAGAACAAUACUAUGCAAGUGUUAAAGCAUUCCUAAAUGGGGCAUGCUCUGACUGGAUGGAGACCACACGAUUCAACCCUCUAACAGACACUAAAAUAGAUCCACCCGUGGUAAGUGUAUCUUCUACUGACAGAUCUAUUUCAAUCGUUUUGACUGCUCCUGAGAAGUGGAAGAGAAGUCCUGAGGAAGAAUCCAUAUCUCUGCUCCAAGUGUUCCCUGGCCUACAGUACAAUGUGUCUGUCCUCAACAAAAAAACAAAGAAGCGGUGGUUCUUCUCCAUCAGCAACAACACCUUGGUUGUGCCCUGGUUAGAACCUGGAACAGCUUAUUGUGUCAGUGCACGGAUACAUGUCCCCACACCAGUUUUGGACAGUGGCUUUUCCAAAGAACAGUGCAUUACUACACUGAAAGAUAAAACAGAAGAUGAGACUAUAACAAUCACAUUUGCAUUUAUUAUGCCUACCAUGCUGGCUCUCCUUUUUACUUCUGUGGCGUGCUAUUGGGUGCACAAGUAUAUCCACAUCCACAAACAAAAACAUCCAACAAACCUGGUGUGGCAGUACACUGACAAAUGCAAGGAAUGGGUUUUCAUACCAAGUGAAAAAAUAGUGCUCAACCUUAUCACUGUUGAUGGGGAUGACUGUGAGGAAUCCAGACGUCUGUCGGAAAGGCAAAGUCCCUGUUAUAACACUGUUUACAAUGACACUGAAGGGAGGGAUUUGCCUUCUGAACAGGUGCUGAAAGCAAAAUACUUGCUUGAUUUUUCAUGUGAAGAGAUUUCACUCAAAGAAUAUACUUUAGUGGAAGGGAACCAGACUGGAAACUGGGCAUCUCAUGGCCGGUCUGGAACACAGAAUACUUGGAGAGAUAAAAAUGCAGAGGUUGUAGAGUAUGAGCAUGAUGUAAGGACUGAGGGCUUCGGUCCUGGUCAGAAGCUUCAAGAGGAGUUUUCUGCCCCUGGGGGGCUACAGGGUGAGCCACAGGUUGCUUUGGGGGACUUGGUUGAUGUGGAAACAGGACAGCCGUAUUCCCCCCAGCUAGAGAUACAAGUAGCACACCUUUGUUUGGGACAGAAAACAGAGGAACUUGAUUUGAAGGUGGUUGACGCAGCAGAUGAAUUGCCAAGUGAGACCCAUAUUGACUUCAUGGACCUGGAUACUGAAAAGUCUGGGCAGACAUCCUAUCAUCAGCUGGAAAAACCCACACAGGGCCUCACAGAGAAAGAAGGUGUGCAGACCAUAUUAGUUGACUGGGAUCCUGACUGUGGAAGACUAUAUAUUCCCACUUUGUCCAGUGUUGAAAAUCACAUGUGUGAAGGAAUAUUCAAGUAUGAUGAUCCCAACCAAGAUGGAAUUUUGCUCAGACUUUAUGACAAAGGGGUAUCUGGUGAAUCACCUGAGGACCAAGAAAUGUAUCUCCUGCAGUUCAAGGAACAGUGGGGACUUCAUGUAGAAAUGGAAGACUGAAAGUAAUUUUCCAAAAUAUUCAAAAGUGCAAAAUCUUGUUUAUUUUGCUAAAGAGAGUGAUAGGCUCAGGGGAACAGGCAUGUCUUAAUGUUUUGAAGUUUUUGGAA